AUGGCGGCCGAUAUGAGCGGCGAGCAGAUGCAGGCCAAGAUCGCGGCCGCGAGGCGCGAGGCUGAAGGACUGAAGGAUAAGAUCAAGCGCAGGAAGGAUGAGCUGGCAGAUACGACCCUCCGUCAAGUCGCCCAAAGCCAUACUGAAGCGCUACCGAGGAUUGGAAUGAAGCCGCGAAGGAAUCUGAAGGGUCAUUUGGCAAAGAUUUACGCCAUGCACUGGUCGACAGACCGACGCCAUCUGGUCUCCGCCUCCCAGGACGGCAAGCUGAUCAUCUGGGACGCAUACACGACGAACAAAGUCCACGCCAUUCCGCUACGGUCAUCCUGGGUCAUGACCUGUGCUUACGCUCCCAGCGGAAACUUCGUGGCCUGCGGUGGCCUGGAUAACAUCUGUUCCAUCUACAACCUCUCCUCCCGUGAGGGCCCGACCCGCGUCGCGCGAGAGCUCUCCGGACACUCCGGCUACCUUUCUUGCUGCCGUUUCAUUAACGAUCGCCGAAUAAUCACAUCCUCCGGAGACAUGACCUGCAUGCUAUGGGAUAUCGAGUCGGGAUCCAAGGUCACCGAGUUCGCUGACCACCUAGGUGACGUGAUGUCUAUCAGCAUCAACCCCACCAACCAGAACAUCUUCGUCUCCGGCGCUUGCGAUGCUUUCGCUAAGCUCUGGGAUAUCCGUACCGGCAAGGCCGUCCAGACCUUUGCUGGACACGAGUCCGAUAUCAACGCGAUCCAGUUCUUCCCCGAUGGAAACGCCUUCGGUACCGGCUCGGACGACACCUCUUGCCGUCUCUUCGACAUCCGCGCAGACCGUGAGCUAAACACAUACCAGAGCGACCAAGUCCUGUGCGGAAUCACUUCCGUCGCAUUCUCCGUAUCUGGACGAUUGCUGUUCGCUGGUUACGAUGAUUUCGAGUGCAAGGUUUGGGAUGUUCUGCGUGGAGAGAAAGUCGGCUCUUUGAGCGGCCACGAGAACCGUGUCAGCUGUCUUGGUGUCAGCAAUGACGGAAUCAGUCUCUGCACUGGUUCUUGGGAUUCCUUGCUCAAGAUUUGGGCCUGGUAA